AGUUCUGUGAUGGCUUCUGUUGGAAAAUUAAAUCGUUUGUCGACUUUACGUGGAAUAUUAAAAGAAUUGAAAACAACUGGAAGCAAAAAUGAAGCAACGACGUUUCUUUUGAAUAAAUAUAAAUCAAAUCAGAUAACAGAUGGAAAACAUUGUCGCGAGGCUGAUGCACUGAACCACGACGCAUCAAGUUAUUAUUGUUUAUUACGAAGUACACGAGAAUACAAGGAAUUGUGCGAUAGAUAUCAUAGUGGGGAGGGAAGUACUGAAGGGGCUGCUAAGAGGGUUGGGUUAAAGUUGCCCAACUUGUAUAAAGAAGGUACUAAAGAAUGAUCCUUUGGGAAUAUUGUUUAUUUAACUGAUAAGACGAAUAAAAAUAUUUGAAUAAAU